ACUGCAUUGGGGGGUGGGGGGGGGGAAUAAACCCCCUUUCGUUGUCAAUCAGUGUCAAGAGGAUGUCUCUGCUAAUGAUCAACUCCGCUAAUCCUCGGCGAUUUAUUCCUUUCCCCCUCGACAUCUGGGAAGCUUAAAAGAUUGACGGGACGCUAUGGGGAGUGGUCUGGGAGCCAGGGAGAGACUCAGAUCAGGCGAGUCCCUCAGGGCGUUUUCUUGAGGUCGGAGGUCUGUACUCGCCAUUGGAGUUUGUUUUAACAAAAAAAAAAUCGAUUGGAAUCGCCUUUGAAAGUUGUGAGCAGGGGAACUUGCCUUUGCAGAAGUUGCUUUGAGCUGCGAGUUGUUGUCCCGGAGCCCAAUGUGUCGAUCGAGGCUGAAAUGAACGGCGUGGACGAAACCUGUUUGUCCCCCAGCAGCUUCCAGGAAAUGGUUAAGAGCCCAGGCGCCUGUUCGCGAGUUCACAGCAUCGACGUGAUCCUGGGAUUUGCGAAGGAUCAAUCCGUGCUCAGCCCCGCGGCCCUUCCUCCCAAAUGCUCCCAGGAGCAGGGCCAGUGCCAACAGACAUCCUGCUACAGUCACAUGCCUGGCCUCGGGCUCACCGACUCGCCUCACACCUUUGACGAUUCCGGGUUGUUCUUGAACAAGUGUGGGGAAGAUCUCGGUGAACUGACGGACAGCGAGGAGAAAGCCGAGCAGAAAAUGGACGAGGAGCCGCCUAAAAAGAAACACAGGCGGAACCGCACCACCUUCACUACAUACCAGCUCCAUGAACUGGAGAGAGCCUUCGAAAAAUCCCACUAUCCCGAUGUGUACAGCAGAGAGGAGCUAGCCAUGAAAGUCAACCUGCCAGAGGUCCGGGUGCAGGUAUGGUUUCAAAAUAGAAGAGCAAAGUGGAGGAGACAAGAGAAGAUAGAGGCUAGCACAAUGAAAUUGCACGAUUCUCCAAUGUUAUCCUUUAAUAGGCCACCGAUGCCGUCCACUGUUGGACCCUUGAGCAAUUCCCUUCCACUGGAUCCUUGGCUGACAUCUCCCAUUUCUAGUGCAACCUCCAUCCACAGCAUACCCAGCUUCAUGGCGGCACCACAAGGCUUACAGACCAACUACUCGGGCCACUCAUUCUUAAAUUCUCCACCACCGAUGGUCCCGACAAUGCAGUCAAUGGGAUCUCCACCCUACCAAUGCUCAACAACAUUUGUGGACAAAUAUCCUUUGGAAGAUGUAGACCAGAGAAGUUCCAGCAUUGCCUCCUUAAGGAUGAAAGCCAAGGAACACAUCCAGUCCAUUGACAAAAGCUGGCAAGCCAUCUGACCAGCUUUAUAGACAAACUGUUAACAAACAGUACGUUGGUUGAAGUGACAAUGUGAUGGCAGCCUCCAGCUCCAAAAUAACUUCACCUAUCAUGAGUCAACAGUCAUGAUAAAAAUGCCUGGAUCUUAAAAGCUACCAAUGUGACCUGGAUAUAAGGAAACUACAGAUUGGGACUGGCCUUAGUUAUAAGCCAAAGGAUAAAUUUUAUCUUUUGACUUUUGAGGUGACACUCUAGUGUUAUGGGGACAAUAUAAAGGCAUCACUGCUUUCUAUGCUUUUCCAUUAUCACUUCACUAUAGCAAAAUGUUGUCUUCCAUUACUGUCCCAUUGUAGAUCUAUUGAAUCUUGUAGGUAAUGUGCAAUUCUUUUAUAUAUCAUUGGGAAACCUAGAUGAAGGGGCAAGGCCCACUGUGCAGGACACCACCAAGAUUGUAAAGAGUAGAAGGAAAGAGAAGAAAUAGUGGUUAGGUAAUCCCAAGCUUGGGUUAUUAAACUUUGUAGAAUAUAUGGUGCAAGGAAAAUGAGGAUUUCCACAGUUUUCAGAUCCUGGAAGAAAAUAAAUAGAUGAUGUGGUGAAUCUGGUUUUCAACAGAGUGAGAAUAUAGACAUGAUCAAUGUGGUCUUUCACUUCUUGUUGUUUUACAGAUCAUGUUUUUUAAAAGAUAAUGACAUUGUUGUUAAAUAGUUACUUGAAAAUGUGCAGUGCUGUCUCAUUUGGAUCUAUAUUUAACUUGUGUGAAUAAAUUUUAUUUGAAUCUCUUGCAAAGAUAAUUCUAGAAUAUCGGUCAAUGAUAUUACAGAAAAUUACAUAACAAUACUGCCAAGUCACCAAUCAGCCAGAGUCCAGUUUAAUUGAACAUUGCUGCAUUAAGAAUGUGUCAAUUGAAUUUGUUCCGUCUAUUUCUGAUAUACUGCUAAAACUUUGUUUAAAAGUUUGAGUACUUGUCUUCAACAAAAUGACUAGUGUUGGUUCUGGGAAAUGGAAAACUUGCCCAUGUGAGCAUUCAGUGUCAGUGACAAUCAUUGCUAGCUCAGAUAAAGCACAGUUAUCUACAAGUAUGUUCUUGCUGUCUUCUGGAAUCAAUCAUUCGAGUUAGCCUAGAUCCAUUGAGUAAAGCACUGUCUUCAUUAGGAAUAUAGAUGCAGGAGUAAGUCAUUCAAUUUCUUACCACUGUGCCACCAAUCAAAUAAUCAUGUCUAAUCUAUGUGUUAACUCCAUCAUAUUCUUUGAUACAUUCACUGAAUGGAAGGUGCUCUGGAACAUCCUGAACAUGUGAAAGUAUGCUAUGAAAAUAUAAACUUUACAUUUGCUCAUCAGAUGAACUUGUUGUAAGCUCUUCCUUGUGUUUUGGAUGUUUUGUGUCAGUAUCUGAUGUAAUACUCCUGCAAAAAAAUCAUUUUAUUAAACACGAUGUUUAGAAUAAA